GCUAUUGCACUGGUGGUGUCUCCAUGGUGUGCUUAGCUCAGCCACCUUUCCACACAGCGAGCGAAUUCGAUGUAACGUUACGUGCAUUAUGCUAUUCCAGCAGCUGGCCAUUACUCUUCCGAUGCACAUAGGCUGUAGCUCUUUACAGAUGGGGUCCUGAUGUUUAUGGACAGGCUUUCUGAAUAGAGAGCUCCAUCCUAUACCUUCUCCUUUCCCUGAGCCAGACGAGCACAGCAAGAGGUGCCAUGCGGGUGAGUUUCUGCCAGGGCCUUCUGACUGGAGCCAUCGCUCUGAACCUGCUCAUCCUCUACUACGUCUCCCAAGCCCAGCAACAGAUGAUGGAGAAACGCCGGGACCCAGGAAGGGGCUCCAGGAAGGCUGCCUUACCUGCUUCCGGACUGGAGGGCGGCAUGGGGGGCCUGGUAGGGGUCGGCGCGGGGAUGGUUGGCGCUGGAGGUGUCGGGGGAGAGGGGAACAGCCACGGCCCUCGUGUGACUGUCCUCCUACGGGAGUUUGAGAAUUUUGAGAACUACGUCGGUGAUGUGGCACGCUCCUUCCAGCACCAGAGACCUGAGCUGCCCUUCCUGGCUGUGUCUGACACCCCGCCCUACCCCCCUCUGUCUCUCCCCGAGGGGGCCCGUCUCCUGGUGCUCUCCCCCAGCCCCGAGCAGCCCCCGCAGGCCCACCGACCAGAGUUCCACGUCCAGACAGAGUUUGUGCUGCUGGUGCCUGACGGGGUGGAGCUGGAGCAGGGCCGGGCUGUGGAGAGGCUGAUCCGGGAGCUGGAGGGGGAGGGUGGGGGGCCCGUGAGGCUGGUGGCUUCCCCAGUGUUGGCACGCUCGGCCGUUCAGUGCCUGCACCUGCGGGUCAGUCUGAGAGAGUGGACGGCCACCUAUUCCACAGCGGCGUCUGGGAGCAGUGGUAGCGUGUGUUCAGCCCUUCAGGGGGACGUGGUGGUCCUCAUCCGCUCUGAGGACCUCUUCAACCUGUCUGUCCCACUGGGGAGGCCACUGCUGCCCUCACUCUUCAUCCAGACCUCCCUGCAUGGCUGGAAGGUCAAGCUUCUGGAGAGCCCCGGCAUCUCCCCCAGCCACCGACCUCUCUUCAGCUCAGCCCACAACCAGUGGAAGGCAGACAGCCAUCUGAAGGAGGCCACUAGCCGGCUGAUGAGGAACUUUGGGCUGAAGCGUCUCCUACUGGCUGAUGGGAAGGAGCAGUGGCACGGUUGUGGGAAGGAGACGGAGCGUUGCUUCGGUACGGUCCGGGAUGACACCCCUGAGUACCUGUACCUGGAGCGCUGGACACCUCCCUGCUGCCUGCGCGCACUACGCGAGACCACCAAGUAUGUGAUCAACAUUCUGGAGAGCUCCGGGGUGCGCUACUGGCUGGAAGGAGGCUCCCUGCUGGGGGCGGCCCGCCACCAGGACAUCAUCCCCUGGGACUAUGACGUGGACCUGGGCAUCUACCUGGAGGACGUGCCUAACUGUGACUACCUGAAGAACCUGGACUCUGGUUCUCUGGUGGACGCUAACGGCUAUGUGUGGGAGCGGGCAGUGGAGGGGGACUUCUAUAGGGUGCAAUACAGUGAGGCUAACCACCUCCACGUGGACCUGUGGCCCUUCUACCCGCGAAACGGCGUCAUGACCAAAGACACGUGGAUGGAGCACAAACAGGAUGUGGAGUUCCCCGAGCACUUCCUGCAGCCGCUGGUGCAAAUGCCAUUCGCCGGCGUCACCGCCUACGGCCCGAACAACCACCGCGCCUUCCUGGAGCUCAAGUUUGGGGAGGGGGUCAUCGAGAACCCCCAAUACCCCAACCCUGCCAAGAAGAGGCUGGAUAGGAGCCGGCUGUGAGGGAGGGGUGUGGCUGGGACCUUUGCAGUUUUCAUGUUGCCCACCAAAAGGACAAAACGAUUCUAGCCACAACCCAAAACAUAUACAGUUGAAGUCGGAAGUUUACAUACACCUUAGCCAAAUACAUUUAAACUCAGUUUUUCACAAUUCCUGACAUUUAAUCCUAGUAAAAAAUCCCUGGCUUAGGUCAGUUAGGGUCACCACUUUAUUUUAAGAAUGUGAAAUGUCAGAAUAAUAGUAGAGAGAAUUAUUUAUUUCAGCUUUUAUUUCUUUCAUCACAUUCCCAGUGGGUCAGAAGUUUACAUACACUCAAUUAGUAUUUGGUAACAUUGCCUUUAAAUUGUUUCACUUGGUUCAAACAUUUCAGGUAGCCUUCCACAAGCUUCCCACAAUAAGUUGGGUGAAUUUUGUCCCAUUCCUCCUGACAGCUGGUGUAACUGAGUCAGGUUUGUAGGCCUCCUUGCUUGCACACGCUUUUUCAGUUCUGCCCACAAAUUUUCUAUAGGAUUGAGGAUAGGGCUUUGUGAUGGCCACUCCAAUACCUUGACUUUGUUGUCCUGAAGCCAUUUUGCCACAACUUUGGAAUUAUGCUUGGGGUCAAUGUCCAUUAGGAAGACCCAUUUGCGACCAAGCUUUAACUUCCUGACUCAUGUCUUGAGAUGUUGCUUCAAUAUAUCCACUUAAUUUUCUCUCCUCAUGAUGCCAUCUAUUUUGUGAAGUGCACCAGUCCCUCAUGCAGCAAAGCACCCCCACAACAUGAUGCUGCCACCCCCGUGCUUCACGGUUGGAUUGGUGUUCUUCGGUUUGCAAGACUCCACCUUUUUCCUCCAAACAUAACGAUGGUCAAAGUACGUUCAUCUCUAGGAGGCAGAACGCUUCUCCUUCCUGAGCGGUAUGAUGGCUGCGUGGUCCCAUGGUGUUUAUACUUGCGUACUAUUGUUUGUACAGAUGAACGAGGUACCUUCAGGCGUUUGGAAAUUGCUCCCAAGGAUGAACCAGACUUGUGGAGGUCUACAAUUCUUUUUCUGAGGUCUUGGCUGAUUUCUUUUGAUUUUCCCAUGAUAUCAAGCAAAGAGGCACUGAGUUUGAAGAUAGGCCUUGAAAUACAUCCACAGGUACACCUCCAAUUGACUCAAAUGAUGUCAAUUAGCCUAUCAGAAGCUUCUAAAGCCAUGACAUCAUUUUCUGGAAUUUUCCAAGCUGUUUAAAGGCACAGUCAACUUAGUGUAUGUAAACUUCUGACCCACUGGAAUUGUGCUACAGUGAAUUAUAAGUGAAAUAAUUUGUCUGUAAACAAUUGUUGGAAAAAUUACUUGUCAUGCACAAUGUAGAUGUCCUAACCAACUUGCCAAAACUAUCGUUUGUUAACAAGAAAUUUGUGGAGUGGUUGAAAAACAAGUUUUAAUGACUCCAUCCUAAGUGUAUGUAAACUUCCGACUUCAACUGUACCUACAUGACAGGUCAAUUGAAGACUCCUUUCAGAGGUCCAUUAUUCUGUGGACCUCUGAACCUCCAUUCUUAUUCUAUAAGUAUUUAUACAUUCAAAACGGUAUUCUGUUUCACAUCAUUUUCCAGUACAUACAUGACCAGGUAUUUAGUAAGAAAUUACAUGGUAAAAUGGUAAUUACACAGUAAUUAUAUAUUUAAAAAAUCUAUCUUUUUGGGGGUACCAUUAAGUACAAGGUGGUUAUCAAUUGUUUUGAAUUCUUUGAAGUAGUACCAGGAAGUGUUAGCUAUUAUUACCACAUAGUUUCCUAGAAAUUUUCAGGUGCUCAUCAAAGUGCUACCAGAUAUCCAAUGACAUAUCCACCACAACAUCAGCUGCUGUUAAGCAAUAUCUGACACAAUUCAGUGUCGAUAGCUGUGUUCUUAUUGAUGUUAUGAGUAUAAAUGUGUUGGUCAAUUGUGUCCUAAAGCUAAAGAUAUAUUUCAUGUAGUACAUGUGCAGAUGUGUUGCACGGAUGCACUUUCUUAUUUGAGAUGUGUGUACUUCAUGUUCAGUGUAUGAGAUCUAUGACUUUAGACCUUUUGAACUGUCGACUGAUGCCACCGGGUAGGCCUUGGCAUGUUCCAUCAGCAUGCCGAUUAUGGCCAUCCCAUUUCCCAGUGGUAAAAUGAGGAGUUUUCUCUUCAACUCUGACUCGGAUAUUCACGUGAGGCCUUGGAUAAAACCUCUAUCAGUCCAUGCGGGUGCAUUCAAAUCCCAGGUAUGAAUUAGCAAAAAUGAAACUAUCCACUAGUUUAUCCAAUAUUCUAAAUGAAAUGUGUGUGUGUGUGUCAUCUGUUGAGUGUUGCUGUCACAUUUGUGUCCUGCCUUGACUGGAAUGUAAAAAGUCAUCGGAGUUGUGAGUGAAAGACUGAUGUCAAAUAGGUGUUGUUUUGCUUGACCUGUCAUUUUACAAGUGAGGAAAAAGGCUCAAAACUCACCAGCACAUUAACCAGAGUCUUGCUGUUAAUGUGUCACUAUUUCAUGGACUGAAAAAAUGUAAAAUGAUUUAUAACACCA